AUGCAGCGGGGCACUGUUCGAGCCCCGCUGUGUCUCUCGAAGAGACGACGGGGCAAGAUCGAAAUCGCAGCCAGUGGGCAUGGACGCAACAGCGUCUGCCUCCCUUCGGCAUCUUGUUUCACCGGCACGGCCAUCUCGGUUUUCGUUCGUCUCCAUUCACUUUACAAACAAAGCAUUUUCGGCGUCACUUCUCACAGAUCCGGACUUGACCGCCGAAUUUUUCGCUACCUUUUCCUGCCUCACGCCAACUUUGCUGCGCUGUCACCAACUGCUCGUCCCUCGUCCAUUGUCAUCUGCUUUUCGAUAGACCCGACGGUGUCUACCGAUCUUAUCAGCAAUCAGAGCCUGUGGAAUUUUGUGUCUUUCCAGUCAAAAGAAAGGGAGUGUCCGGAGGUAGGGAUGGAGGCAGAACAAAAAGGACCCGAGGAGGAGAAAGAGACGAAUGGGAUUCGUGUCGCAGGCCAGAUCGGUUUGUCAGGCAAUAUUCUUUCUCUUUAUUCCUCUUCUGGACGCCCUCCCUCGAGGCAGCACACGAGCAUGCAGGCUUGGCACAGAUUUGAUUGGCUCCGCAGCGUUCGGCCAUUCUUCCCAAGUCGCUUGGGGCAGCGCCAAGAGGAGGACGUGAGUGGAGCCUGA